AUGGGUGCAACGAUGUCAGUCAUCAAGACUCUGAUUAUUCCCGCCGUCAUCUCGUUGAUCCUGUUCGUCGCCUCGACAUACGUGAUCUUGCCGCUAUGGCGCAAAUGGCGAAGUCGCUAUAGCCAAUAUCUUCCGGUCGACACCAUAUCCGCUUCGACAGUUUCCCUACGCCACCGUAUACAGAAUGGAAUCGCGAGAAUGAUGGUAGCCUCCACAUGGAGACGCAACGCUCACGACCGCCUCGUCGUUGCGACCGAGCCUUCCGACGACGGUGAGGACGGCGAAGAGCUGGGCGAGGUGGGAGAGGAGACACGGAGGGCAAUGUCAGAUGAUGCUCGGCGGAAUAGGCAUGACAACACGAGAAGACUAAGCAGAGACCUGGAAGAGGGUUUCAGAGACGACAGCGAUGACAGUGACGAUGAUAAUGAACGUAAUAGGCCUGGGUUAUGGCGGUAG